ACUGACCGAAAGUUAAUCAUCACAACAAUCAACUAACAAUGUAAACAUUUCACACUUUAAUUGAACCAGUAAUUAAAUUUGACUAUAUUCAAAUUGGAACAAUUAACUGUGAUUAUUUAUUUCAAUAUUCCAAUCAAUAGAAAUCUCAAUGAUAAUUAAAAUUAAGAUCUAAUCAAAUAUGGUAAUUGUAAUUUAAAACUUUUCCAGCCAAUUUGAAUUAACUUUUCAUCAGUAAAGUUGAUCAGAGUGUUAAUCAAAAUAAUCAUAAUCGAUAAUGAAAUUAAAUCUUAUAUGAAAAUCAACUAAUUAGUUAACAAUCACCAAGAAUAUUGUUGAUGAUUGAAAAAAAGUUAAACCAUCAAUGUCUUACCUGUUAAUUUGGUUCUAUUUAAUUAGUUCACAAUUAAUUGUUGAAACAAUUACAACUGAAAAUUCAACCCUUCAAACAACCACAAUACUAACAACAACAAUUAACCCAUCAACUGAUGAAUCUAAUGGCAAUGAAAGUGUAACAAUUAAUUCAACAAUUGGCCCACAAUUUAAAAACAGUGUUGAUAAUUUUGGCAAAAAAUUAACCGUUAACAUUGAUAAAUCAAUAGCAAUUAUAUUCACCGGUAAUUGUUCAAAUCAUUGUGGUGGUGUUUUCAUUGGACCAGCAAUUAUAAUCACAACAUCGAGUUGUGUUAAAUUAGGAAGCAGAAAUGUCCGAGUCUAUCCUAAUAUUGACAAUUAUUUACCCGAAUGUCAUUGGGAUCAAAUACCUUAUCCAAUUUUCCGAAUAAUUAAUUAUACUAAUUUCCAUCGAUCAUCAGAUAAAAUUAACGGUAACCUCGCGUUAAUUGUACUAUUUAAUUCAAUUGAUCAAUACGUUGAACCGGUUAAACUAUUGAAUGGAAAUGUGACAAUUUCUCAACAAUUACUUUACUCACACAGAGAAUUACCAACUAAAUUGUUUACCUUUUUAUGGCCAACAAUUAACUCAACAAAUCACAGCAAUCAUCAUCAUUAUCAAGAUGAUAAUAAUAAUACUAACAGUUUAUCAACAAUUAACAGCAUGAAAAAAAUAUCAACCCGAUUAAUUGAACAUGAAACUUGUUCAUUAUUCAAAACUAAUUUAACACCAAUCGAUACGAUUUGUGGUUAUUAUGAUUUGGAGAAAGCUAAUUGUUAUGAUCAAGAAGGUUUUCCAAUCAUUUAUUCACAGCAAUCAGUUAAUCCACUUGAAUUAAAUUACUAUUUAAUGGGUUUAAUUGGUCAUAAUUCAUGUGAGAUGAAAAAAACUGAACUUUGUCCACCUUCAAUUACCUUAUAUCUUAAUUUAACUAAUUACUUACCUUGGAUAUUUAAGAUAUUUUCAAUUUAUCAACCACUAGAACCAAUUAAAUCAAUUAAAUCAGAUAAUCCAGUUAAUAUUGUUUACAAUGUUCAUUACAAUAGUCACAAUGGUAAUUUACAUUUACUUGAUUCUCAUGAUAAAGUUACAAAUACAAAUAUUAGUUCAAUCAACAACAAUCAACGAUACAAUUUAACCAGUGACUCUCAUAAUAUAUUGAAUGAUUUAAGUAAUUUAAUCAAUGCUACCGGUAGUUUUAAUAAUCUUCCAGUUAAUAGUUACAAUUCAAAUGAAAGUAAUUCAAUUUUGAUUAAUCAAACUAUAACUCAAGAUAAUUCAAGUCAUGUUAACAAUAUGGAAAAUCAUAUUAAUCAAAAUCAAAAUGUUAUUCAUAAUGAUUCAAAUAGUAAUCAACAAAACACUAACAAUGAUAAUAAUAGUAAUCAACAAAAUCACAAUGAAAAUGAUAACAAUCAACAAUCAAACAGUAACAACACCGAUAAUAACAAUAAUAGUAAUGAUAAUCAACAAGAAAUCAACAAUCAACAAAGUAAUAACAAUCAACAGAUUAACAAUAACAGCAUAUCAAAUGAUGUAAUCAAAGAAACUGAUCAAUCUCAAGUGAUUAAUAUUAAUUUCCCUAAACAAGUUGAUAAUCAAAUUAAUGAUUCUAAUAUUGAAACAACCACUCAAUCCAGUGAAGUUUCAGAAUCAACAAUUGAAAAUCAAUCAACCACCACCAUUGGAAUUGAUAAUAAUAAUAAUAAUAAUAAUCAAGGUAUUAGUGAUUCUCCCACUAAUCAAGAUGAUAAUAAUAAUAAAAAAAAUGAUGAUGGUUUGCAGGUAACAAUUAACAAUGGUAACAAUCAAAAAGAUGAUGGUGACAAUCAACGUCCACGAGUUAAUCAUGAACACUUUUGGAAUCAGGUCCGACAAUGGCCAAUUCAAGUACUUCAAUCAUUGAAAUUUCGGACAAGAGCCCCAAAUGAUUAAUUGCUCAUCUAAAUUGUUAAUUUCUAUUAAUUGUAAAUUGAUUUUCUCUAAUUGUAAAUAAAGAAGAAAAAAAUUUCCUAUGAAAAGAUCAAAUUGUUAAUUGUUUUCCAAAUCUUUUCUAUUGACUUUAAUUCUCGAAUUGUAAUAAUUGUUACAAUUAACGAUUAUUUUGAUUUGGGUAAUUAGAUUGA